UGUCAUAUCUUUUUAGCUACAUCAAAUAGUUUCCACAUCAAACCCAUAAUCAUCACGCCUCUUUCAGCCCACUCCUUCAUCGCCUUCCUCUCUUUUUUCUACAGUUUAUCUGCUGUACUAAACCCCCACCCAACUCCUCUCUCUCUCUCUUUCUUUCUUUGUCUCUCAAAUGUUCAUAAACCAAUUUGAGUAGAAACAAUCAGACGACAACAACAUCAACUCAAACAACAAAAGAGAAAGAGCCCUUCAUGGAACCAACCCAAAACUCCCCUUCUUCAAAGCUUCACAAGCCUUCAAUUCCCCUUGAAAACUCCCCUUGGACCUCUCAUUUCUACCCUCACCAAUCUUGGGUAAACUCGUACAACAAUCCCCAAGACCACCUUCACCAUCCCUCCAUGUUCUUCUCUUCGAGCCAACCUUCCCACAACUUCAACCUUAACCAAGACGAAGAUGAAGAACUCGACGACCAAACCUCCAUUGACAACACCGAAAACCCUAACCAAUACCCUCACGAGAACCCGCUAGACCAUGAUAGGGAACCCAUGUUUGAAAAACCCUUAACCCCGAGUGACGUAGGCAAGCUGAACAGGCUUGUUAUCCCCAAACAACAUGCGGAGAAAUACUUGCCCCUCGGCGGUGACUCGGGUGAUAAAGGGUUGCUGCUGAGUUUCGAAGACGAGUCGGGCAAGUGUUGGCGUUUUCGUUACUCGUAUUGGAACAGCAGUCAAAGCUACGUAUUAACAAAAGGGUGGAGCAGAUAUGUCAAAGAGAAGCAACUUGAUGCUGGUGACAUUAUCUUAUUCGAACGACACCGUACGGAUGGCGAUAGGUUGUUUAUAGGGUGUAGGAGGCGCGGUGCAGCAGUGGCCGCAGCAGCUGCAGCGGCUGAUGGCGGUAACACCGUGAUGGGGAAUUAUAGCGGUGGUGGUGGCGGUCGCAAUGAAGGGUGGGGUAGGGGAUUGCAUCAAGGACAUCCUUAUCUUGGGCACAUUCAAGGCCAUGGGGCUAAUGUGCUUUACCAACCCGACUCUCUUCAUGCAGGAAGCAUCGUUCAAAAUCAAGCACCAGCUGGGAACCCAAAGAGGCUGCUGAGGCUAUUUGGGGUGAACGUAGAGUGCCAGCUCGAUGAACCCGAGCCAUCCACACCCGAUAGCUCGUCGGUUUCCAGCCAGGGUCCAACCACCCAACACUUCUACUCCCAGUCCUACAUGCAGGAUAUCACUUUCUGUCGAGAUAUCAACCAGAUGAGAAAUCGUCGAGGAUGAGAUCGGAAGAUGUGACAUCCAAGAUUUGACUUAGUUGAAACCCCACUAGGAGGUCGAAAGAAAAGCAAAAAAAUAUAUGAUAUUUUU